GAUGAACAUCAGGUUCCAAACUCCUGCACGUCCGAGGUUUGAGUAUGACACUGAGUACUCUAACACUUAUUUGAAAUUGAAAGGCCAAUCAAGAUCGAAAUCUAAUUUCAGGUCAAACUCUAGGCUGGUGAAUAAUGCUCAGCUGAGUUUCGCUGGACAUAGAAGGGAUAUUACUCCUGCUGAAGACCAGAUCAGAUCUCUUCCAGUUGUUCCUAAGAAGGGAGUUGCCAAUGAAUGGGCUGCUAUGGCUAAGCUAAAUGAUGAGAAAGACCAAGAAAGAGACAGGAGAGAGAAAGAACAGAUGAAAAGCAAGCAAAUAGAGUAUAGAGCUGAACUUCAAAAUCAGAUUAAGUUACAACAGUCACGAUCAAAGUCAACAAUGGAUAGCUAUAUCGCAGAACAGCAUCAGAGACAAAAUAGGAAUGAAAUGUUUGAGAAAUAUGGCUUUGAGCUGAAUAAGGCAAAGAAAGGGACUGAAUGCUCAACUGCUUUUCAUAAGAAACAAAAAGAAGCUUUAAUAGUAGCUGAGAGCAUAAAAGAACUCCAAAAGCGAAACCAAGAGAAUAAGGUUAUCAAACAAAUUGAAAAUAAUCAGUUCAAAUAAGAGUCUUCUUCAGCAUCAAAAAUCUGAAAAUGAGAGAAUAGUUACAAGAAGGGCUCAAAAGUUGCAAACCCAAGCUCAAAUUCGUAGCACACUUGACAGACAAUUAGAAUCCAAAAGAAUCGCAUUACAGGAAGAAAAAGAGAUGGAUAAGAAGAUCCUGGGUCUGGCGCUCAAGAAAGAAGAGAACGAGAAUCUCCAGAGGGAUGCUUUCUUCUCAAAGCUGAAAAAGAUUCAGGAUGCGAAUAUAAAAUAAAACUGAAAACAUCAAGGCGAAUGAUUUGUCUAAGCAAGCUGCUGAGAGGGACAACCUCAAUUUUAUUAAAAACAUGAAAGAUCAGGAAGAAACUUGGAAGAAUCAGGACAGACAAAAUCAAGUGAGGAGGAUGAAACAAAUGCAAGAGAUGAAGCAAGGCCUUGAUGCCCAACUUUCUGAAGGCAAGAAACAGAUUCGCUUGAAUAGGAAAGUCGAUGAGAUGUAUGGAAGAAUGCUGAAAGAGAGAGACCAGAUAGAUCUACUAAGAGAGCAAGAGGAAAAGAAUAAAUUUAAAAAUCAGCAAAAGAGUCUUUAUAAUGGGUUGCAUGACCAGAAUAGACUUAAUACAAAUAGAGCAAAAUAUUCAGAUAUGAUGAGUGAGCAGGAAAGAAGGAUGAAUAAUGCUAAUCUUGAGGCUUAUCAGAGAAUCCCUCAUAUGCCCACUACUAGAGAUAAAAUUGCAGCUUCAUACGGAGGUAUCCAAAUGCCACAAAAGAGAAAUUCAGAACAAAGAGAAACAGUUUAUAGACCUUCUGGCAAUAAUGGAGCAUAUGGAGACCAAAUUUUUAUAGAAAAUCCAAAACAAAAGACUACCUCCUCCACCAGAGGUCGGAACAGCAGCCACAGUUUCAGCAUCCCUCACGCUUCCACUCAAGCUAGCCCUCCUGCACCUUCCAAGCCAGACAGCAUGAGCUUCAUUGAUAUGAGCGCAAAGUUGUUCGGUAAAGAUAUAGUAAAUAGCAAGCCAGUGAGGGCUGAUAAGGGUGCGUUUAGGUCCAAGCCUUUGGAGAAAGUACCUGGUGAUGUAAAUUCUCCGAGUUUGUACAAGAUUGAAUGGCCAAGUAGCUCCAAAAUUUUUUAAGGUUCAAUUUUACAUAAAAA